GAACAGACUGUGUCCUUGAGCGGGCCGCCUCCGCCAAAUUAGGUUUUUUCGCCAUGUCGGGUAGGACUGCCCUGUUCGGAAGGCCUCAGCAAUCUCAAACACGACAUUUACUGCAAUUCAAAGCAGGGAAAAUGACGAUUGGUGACGAUAACUGGGUUCAUGCUGACCCUCGCAAGGGAUGGGUGUAUGUUUAUCAGUCCGGGGACGGAAAGUUACACUUCUGUUGGAUCGAUCGCAAAACGUUUCUUGUUGAAGAUAAUUUCGUCAUUAAUGCCAAACAGGCUGAGUUUCAAAAGAUUCCACAAUGUACAACGGGUAGAGUUUACCUUCUUAAGUUCAAAGGUCCCAAACAUUUUUUCAUCUGGAUGCAAGUAAGUUUUAUUCUUCAAACCAUUUUCAAAGGAACCCAACGGAAAAAAUGAUAGUGACAUUUGUUCAAGAAUAAACGACUACAUUAGGUCUCCACCCGCACAAACUACAACACUCUCAAGUGACUGGCUUAGUCGUUUUGAAAGUCUUAACCAACUUUCUCACAGCGAUAUUCUGGCUUUGUUGUGUAAGUUGUAAUUAUUCUUUCAGAUCUGUCAAUCUUAGCGAUGGGGGUAGGGCUUGGAGGUGGAUUAACUUCGGAAUCUGAUAUAUCAUCUGCUCAAGCAAAUGCUGUGACAAUCGGGCGUCAUUUAAAUACGGGACAUCUAGAUGAAUCUAAUGUAUCUACACCUGUCAUUGGGACUACUGCCACACCAUCUUCAGGAACUUCAUCCACUGGCGGUAACUCUCUACGCCCAUCUCUCCUAGUUAAACCUUAUAUGUUAUUGACGUUUCGGGAUUCUUCCGUAGUCAUACUACGGGGGAUUAUUUGAUGUACAACCGAUAAACGACUUGAAGCUGGGAAAAUACAACUUCAGGACUUGAGAAAUAUCCUCUCAUCAAUCUCUACUGGAAUGCGGAGUUCAUCAAAUGAUGCAAAGGUAGAAUUAAACGAUGUCUUAAACGUAGAUAACUUACAUUCACUUUUGAAUAAGCCGGAUAUUCAAGAAAGAUUGUUGCCUCAUCUUCCUCCUCUGGAUCCUGAAUCAGCGAGUACAAAUGACUUGGAAAAUAUCACUGCAAACAUUCAGUCAUCUCAGUUCAAAACCACUUUGAAAUCCUUCUCAGCUGCUUUUCGAACAGGUGAACUUGCCCCUGUUUUGGCUCAAUUCAAUUUGGGUAUAAAAGCCGAUGAAGCUGCAAGACGAGGUGACCUAGUGGCGUUUUCAAAUGCACUCCAAGGAAAAACGACUGAUACAACCUCUCAACCCUCAAAUGACAGCGGUUCGAAUGUCACCCAAAGUACGACUUCUCAGGAAUCAUCAAAAGACAAGUCAGACCAUAAAAAGGAAGGAAAAACUAUUGCAGAUACUAAAGCUGAUAAAAAGGAUGAGUCUUUUGAUGACAAUAAAAUGGACACAGAUUGACCAAUGUCAAAGCUGUAUUAGCUAAAACUUUAUUACAUAUAUUCAUUACACUGCGUUAAAUCGACUGAUUGAGGUUGAUUAAAAUUAUAUAUAUAUAUUAGCAAGAAUAUUUUGGCAUGCUUACACCGACGAACAAAAACUCACUUUAACCUUAUCACUUGCAGAUUUGCUCUUUGACGUUUGUUUCUGCGUAUGUAUUCAGAGCAUCCAUGAAUUUUUCUGUCUUUUUUUACAAUAUUUACAAAGUUAGUUUUUGAAUAAAAAUAAAAUUGAAGGCUAAUGUCUGUAACUUAUUUGUUUUUUCCCUACUACUGGUGAUGAUAAUAAUAAUAA